AUGGCGUCUCUCUGCCGAGGGAACCGCCCACUUCCUGUAAUACGGUACCUGGAGGCGUGGUCAAAGAGGACUGACCAAUCGGAUAAGAGCUCAUUAAUAAUGUAAAAGCAGAGACCCUACAUGCAGCCAGUAUGUUCGUGCGUGGCAGACCGGGGGGCGUGCUCAGUCUGUACGUGACAGCAGACGCACCAAACCAACGUGAGCGUGAGUUUCGGAGAGGCCUCCGCCCCCUCUGCUCUCCGCUCUGUUUCCUUCAUGUAGAGAGACUGUGACAGCUGCCGAUGAGGACUUCAUCUUCGUGAAGAGAGGACAGAACCGAAGGGUGAGUCUGCAUCUGCUUUUUAUUCAACACAAAUCACUAAAACUCAAGACUUCCUCGUCGGCGUGUGCGCGCACCGGGACGCGAUGUACUGUGCGCGUCUCCGCCGCUGGUUUGCAGUAGGUGCCUGAAGUCACGUUCACUCCACAAAUCAUGAGUAUCAACAGAGGAUCCAUUUCAGCAGCAUGGAGCUGAGAGCUGGGGCAGAUUCUGCUGUGAUGGAGCUCAGAGAGGAGCUGUGGGCCUGCUGGACUUCAGAAACACUCCUUAAAGGGGAAGGUUUCAGACUGGGGGGCUGAAUGAGGGGAUUGUGGUUCAUCUGUGUGAGUUUCUGCUAUGAAACCUCCACUUCAUGAUGUCCAAAUUAGACUGGGGUCAAAGAGAGGAAACCCAAAAUAAGGUCCCCAAAGUAAGGUUUACUUUCAGCUCUGUGUGGAGAUGAUGGAGGUUCGGUUCUGUCCAACCUCUCAACCUUCUCAGGUUCUGACCCACUAAUCAGAGUCUUAAAGUCACCCUUAGAAGCAGAAAUGAGUUUUAUUUUGUGACUUCUCUGGAGUGAUUGGCAGAGGACAGCGGAUAAAGUGCUCAUUUUAAUGAUUGUGUCAAAGUAUUGAUUGUCCUGAUAGGAUAUUAGUGUAACACUGUCGCAUACUUUCAUACUACAUACUUAAAAUUUUGGGUAUACUCAACAAAAAUGGAAAAAAGUAUGGAUAGUAUGUGAAAAUUGAGUAUGCCAAAGUACCCGGAUGACGUACUCAAACCAGUCAAGAUUUUAAGUAUGUGACUGUGGACACCCGCCGCACUCAUUUCAUCGGUAAGAAUGGCUGCGGACGGCUGUGGUGGCAGUGGGUCAGCGACGGUCGAUCUAGGAUACUUAAUUUGAAAAAUCUAAGUAUCUAGUAUUGAAGUAUGCAGUUUGACCGAUCUUGACCAAUUCGAGUACGUCAUCUGGGUUCUUUUGCAUACUCAAUUCUCGCAUACUAUCCAUACUUUUUUCCAUUUUAAGUUGAGUAUACUCAAAAUUUUAAGUAUUAAGUAUGAAAGUAUGCGAUUUGGGACACACCUAUGGAGACAAUGUGUCAGGUACGGCAAUACCACUGAGACAAACUACACACAUAAUUAAACAAAGGCAGUUUAUCGUCUUCAGGAUCGGGUUUUGGAAAAGAAAGAAAAUACAUCAGUUGAGUGUGGAGCAAAAGUGAUGAGAGAGUUCGUGGAGAUGUAGUGGAGUUAAAAGUACAAGUUUUGUCUUUGUAAUGAAGUUAAAGUUUAAUUUCCAUGAAAGCAGUACUCAAAGGAAGUACAGGUACUCCAAACCUGUACUUCAGGUCGAGUACAAAUGUUCCGUUGAUGGUUGGGCCUGUCAGUGCAGGAUGAUGAUGUUUGUGUUUGACCAAGUUGGACCGACGUUUACAAGCAUUUAUUUACUCUGAGCCCCAGCAGUGUGUGUGCGUGUGUGUGUGUGUGUGUGUGUGUGUGUGCCUCAAGUCUUGACUCAACAACCAGUUUGAAAACCAGUCAGAGUCCAGUACGCCUUGACCAUCAGCAGCAGGACUGACGGUUUUCAAAUCCUGAUCCUCAUACCUGAAGCUGAUUGGACGGGGGUCUGAUUAAAGAGACAGUUUGUUUUUACAACUUGUGCAAAACUAUCAGUGGCCUGUGGUGAGGUUCAUGAAGCACUGACAGAUUUUCAAACAUAUGAACCCGACAGAGAAGAUUAUUAACCACUUGAUUGGCAGCAGUUAACGGCUUAUAUUUAAAAUCUCAUACAAACUAGCAAACAAAAAGCACAUUUGAUAUUAAAAAACGUUAUUAUGGUCUGACUUGUACUUAUAAAUGGUCUUCCUUUGAUUAUGACCUUCUGCUUGGAUUGAAAGUCCAGUUUAUAAAACUGUUUGAUUUUAUAAACGUAGUCCUCCAUUUUGAAAGUAAGGCCAGAGGAGAUGAAAAAAUAAACAGAUGGCUCCGCUUGACUUGUUAACUGUGGAUUGUAGCUCGCCGUGUCACUUACUCUGCAGUCGAGAAGUCGCAAGAAGAAUCACUGGGAUCAUAAGUGCCCCCUACCAUGAGGCAGGAGAACUGCGUGCUUCACUUAGUGCCUUUUUCACAGCCGUGUUACGAUUGGUCAGAACAAGAAACAUGUUACACACAUACGAUUGUUGACAAAAAACACUGUAUGUUAUCAGCUACCUUGUGGAGAUUUAGUCUACGUUCAUGCUGCAGGUUAUGAUCCACAAUUCAGAUUCUUUGUUAAAUCCGAUCUUUUUGUGCGGUCGUUCACAUCACAACAACAACGAUCAUCUAAUGUGAACGGAAUGCGUCCGUGAAGUGACCCACAAAGCACAAAGUACUUUCCGCACCUGUUUGUGUUGUCGAACAAUGGUGACGUUUGUCGCAUAUUGAUGACGUAUAGGUCAGCGACCUGAGCGUCCACACUGCAGUCACAUCAGAUACAUAUCAGAUUUAUAUCCACAUACAGAAGAGGCCUGGGUCGGAUUAGAACCAAUCAGAACUGACCUGUUCACACUUAGAUGAAAAAAUCAGAUAUGAGUCACAGAUGGUUAAAAAAUCAGAAUUAACCUGCAGUCUGAACACGGCCUUAGUCGAUAUUGUAAAUGAGUUUGAACAUUUUAGUAACGACAUACAGAGAAAUACCAACACGGUGUCACUGCAGAGCAUGCCAACACAGUCAGCCGAGUCAUUGCUCAAUCCACGGUGAGGCUCAUCCGGCUGCAGCCUCAUCGCACGCCACUUCUUAGUAUUUGAACACGAAAUGUGAAAAAAAUAAUCAAAAACUGGUGAAGUUAAAUGAAAAAUACCGUUUUAUAGUGCAAAUCACCACAUAAAUAUAAUCAUUUAAUGAAUUUCUUCAUUUUAUUUCAUUCUUUCCAUGAUGAGGUGAGGCACGUCACUGAAAACUAUUCACUGUAAACGAUCGAUUAAACUCUCAAGAUUUAGCAGGAUGAGAUUUUUGUGUCAAAAGACAAGAUUUAAGUCUGUGGAGGACAAGUUAUGCAGAGACUACUUUGUCCACAGGGGGCGCCACAAACCAAGAUGCUAAAAGGUGUUUGGAGCUCUCCUUAUCCAGCUUUGGUUUAUCUGCGUCUUUAUCAGCCCUGGACUCACACUCAGGUCAUUUCAUCAUCAAUCCAUAAGAAAUGUCAGACUUCACUCACUGACGCUCAGAGUUCACGCCGUUUAACGGUCUGCUGAGCAGCGCUGAAAAUAUGUGAACGCUGCAGACGGGAUUGUUGUACAGGAGCGGUGUUACUCAGUGUUUGUGCGUCAGCUGGCGUCUUCUGCUUGUCUCAACAAUACUGGAUUACAACAUGUCAUCAGGGCCCGUUAUCAGUUUCCACACUGGAUCAAGUUUAUACCUGAUCGUUGGGCGAGCAGGCCCCACCCAGGCAUCCUCUCCCACGCCACUCCUCCGUUUGUUAAGGUGGUUGCACCAUUUCUACAGGCAGGAACUAAAAACAGAGUUGUAGUUUCAGCUCACCCCUCCCUUAAUGCUCCACUUUAAAUGAUCAGAUUAAAGUACCGCAGCAUUAAAGGAGUUUAACGAUCGAUCUGAAGCCUUUCCUGGUGACUCUGCGCAGAUUUGAGCUGCUGAGUGAAGGGGACGUUUUUGUAAACAAACAGACGUGGAGUACGUGAGAUACCUGACGCUGCAAGAGUGUGAGAGAAGAUAACCUUUGACUUUGUGAGACUGUGUACUGAACACACACACACACACACACACACACACACACACACACACACACACACACACACACACACACACACCAAAGGUUCAGUUUAACUUUAUUCUCAGUCCUCAGAGUCUCUGCAGAGACAGUAAAGACUGUUGAAUUAGUAAAAAUACAGUUUGGUGGUUUUUUCAUCACAGUUAUCCUGUUAUGAAACAGGAAAUGUGUCAGUCGGUGAUGGUAGAGUUGCCCAGAAAUUCUAGUGAAGAGACACUAAUGUGGUUUGACAGUCUUGCUGGUCUUAUCUUGAGGAACUUGAUUUGGUCACGUAGAAAAGUGUCUGUUUUAUGGCUGAGCUGAUUUUAACGUCUAUAAAAACAAACAAAAACCUUUUUUAAAACCUCUCUGCGUCUGUGUUUGUGACUUUCUCUUUUGGUUGGUCGUCUAAAACCAUUUAAUCUGUACAGAGGUUUUUAGUUUUAAUUGGAUUUUUUAAUAUCGUACAUUGCAGGUACACAUGUAGAGAGUGACUCUCUGGCUGUAUGGGCACAACACUAAGUGGAGAAAAAUCGCAGAAAUACCGAAAACUUUUUGACUUCAAAUCUGUAAACAGGCGGGAGGUGGAACCAAGUUGUCCAGAGUAAAUACAGUCUAUGUUUACAACCUGUACAGACGGUUUGAAGCUUUAAUGUUAUUAGUUUUUUUUCCCAGCAUGCCGCUGGCUCGCAGCCUGUCCGUUACAUCCCUGUCAGGACUAGAGGACUGGGACGAGGAGUUUGAUUUGGAGGAUGCCGUCCUUUUUGAGAUUGCGUGGGAGGUGGCUAAUAAAGGUGAGCGUCCAUCCGUCCGUCUGUCCGUUUGUCUGUGUGUUUGGAGUUAAUCCUAAACUUUUAAAAACGUGAUCAAAUAAAGUCGAUUGUUGAUAAAGUCAGUGUCAGUGCUGCAGGUUCGUCUCCUCAGAGGGUUUAUCACGUUCACAAAGACUCGGUACAUCUAUAGAUCUAUAUCAAAGAUCUAAUCACAUUAUAUCUCUGUCUCGUCUUUGUGUGGCAUGUUCGCCGCAUGUGUGAAGUUGGAGGCAUCUACACCGUCAUCCAGACCAAAGCCCGUCUGACCUCGGAGGAAUGGGGGGAGAACUAUUUCCUGGUGGGUCCCUACGUGGAGAGUAACGUGCGCACUCAGGUGGAGCUGAUCGAGCCCACAAACCCCACCUUAAAGAAAACCAUCGACAAGAUGAACUCCAGCGGGUGUAAGGUACGAGCUCACAGACGCUGAGGUGACCUUGUGUGUGGAUCUGAAGGACACUUCUUCUCCCUCCACCUGGUUGGAGUUGUGAGUGUACUCUGAGCUCUCUCUCUCUCUCUCUCUGUCCCUGAAAACAUCUCUAAACCCUGUGACAUUUCCUGCAAAGGUUAGAGGUUGUAUCAAUGUCUCUCUGUCUCUCUCUCUCAGAAAUACCCUCCAGAAAUAGACGAGAGUGUGUGUGUAAGUGAGAGAGAGAGAGAGACCUGCGGCGCGUUGUGCUGUGUCACUCUGGGAGUGCUGUGGAAUCACGGGUCAAGGCUGGGAACUAUUUUAAAGGGAUAGUGCGACUUUUUAUUGCAGCUAAUCUUGACCUGACCUUUAACACUUAGAACUCUGUCGGCGUUUCCACGUGACACCGUUAAUGUUGUUUACAGUUUCUCAGGAACUAUACCGUGUAUCUCUAUGGGAUGAAAAGUGUUCAAAAGUUUACCCUUUUGGCGAUCUAUCGAGGGUUUCCAGACAUUUCUACUCCUGCCACAAGGUUUACAAACCAGCCUCAAAAACAGGUGUUUGAUCAGAAACGUUUGAUGGUAAAUCUGCAGCGAUAUACGGUGAAAACAGGAUUAUUGAUCUGAUUGUUGUGAUUAAAAAAAGAUCACUAAAUGCCGCUAAUGUCUUCUGAGUUUGACGAGCUGUUUUGAUGACGUCUUUGUCCGUCAAACUUUCGACCAAUUACACGGUCUCAUAUUCUUCCUCUAUUCUUAGUGAACUGGAUCCUAAAGAUUCAUAAACUGCACUUCCUCCCUCGGUCUAAUAAAUGCAGAUUUAUUUUAAUGUCUGUUUGAUCAAGUCCAAGCUCUUUAACUCUCAUCUUCUCCUGCAAAGAUCAGGUCCAAGCUCUUUAACUCUCAUCUUCUCCUGCAAAGAUCAGGUCCAAGCUCUUUAACUCUCAUCUUCUCCUGCAAAGAUCAGGUCCAAGCUCUUUAACUCUCAUCUUCUCCUGCAAAGAUUAGGUCCAAGCUCUUUAACUCUCAUCUUCUCCUGCAAAGAUCAGGUCCAAGCUCUUUAACUCUCAUCUUCUAUUGUUCCUUUGACGGUAGUGUCCAAUAAGAGACAUUAAAGUUCCCUGUUUGUCUGUAAAAUCAGAAAUAAUGGUCCUCAAUGUUUGGAAACAAGUAAAGAAGAGACUCUGAGCAGUCUGAUGUGGUCCUCUGUCUCAUCCCAGAAACAACUGUAAAAUAGUCAAAAACGCCUGGAAGAAUGAGUGUAAAUAUGUCAAUAGUUUCUGUUGUGUGUUUGUUCCAAUCCCAAUAUUUCUUCUCCUGAUAGACAAGACUUGAGAGAAUGAUGUUCAGGUGAGAAAAGGCGUGGUCACUGUAGAUUUAUGUGUUUUUUUAAUUAAGUUCUGUUGGGAUCAAUUCCCGUUUUUGUGUUUUGGUUGACUUUGAUGGUCCUGAAUCUACUGUCUCAUUUAUUUUACAUCAUUUUUGCUCCAUAAACUGACAGCUGAGGUUGUCCUGAAAAUAAAUAUGUGUUUAUAUUUGCUGUGCUUGAAAGGAUCGAGUUGAUACAGAGAUUUUUACAACAAAACAAGCAGAGACCAAAAACAGCAAACUAUAGCUGGGAGUUGUGAGGGUUAAACUCACGGUGGAGCACAGACAGUUUUACCCUCCGGAGUCGAGUCCUGUUUCUGGGCCCCUGUGAAAUAGUUUGGGUUCUCUAGACUGACAUGACGCUCUCAUGAUGGGGGUUAAUCUUAGAUUGUAUGGAAGGCAUGUGUUAUUGUUAGUGAGAUGGGGGCCUUGGGAGUGAAAGACCUUUAGAUAAGAGGCUGAGGGACUCACUCGUUCAUCUGCUGCAUGUCAACACCAUAAACUUAAAUCUGAGCAUGAUCGUGAAGUGAAGACCACAAUUUAGCCAGAAUCAUUCAGUUGGUGAUACAAACGUGAGAAUGGACAUGAUCAUUCUUCAUGGGUCACUUUACCAGGAAAGUGUCUCAGCCGUUUAAAAUUUCAAGAUGCAAAAGAGUUUGAGACCAGACAACUAAAGACAACUAGAUUAUGAUGUUUUAACGUUAACUUUAAAAGAAAAAGAUUUAACAGAAUAAAAUACCUGUUUUUAUGUUCAUUCAGGUCUACUUUGGGCGCUGGCUCAUUGAGGGGAGUCCCUAUGUGGUCCUGAUCGAUGUGGCGUACACCGCCUGGUCCCUGGACACCUGGAAGAGCGAGCUGUGGGAGCUCUGUGACAUCGGCGUGCCGUGGUUCGACCGCGAGGCCAACGAUGCCGUGCUGUUCGGCUUCCUGACCGCCUGGCUCCUGGGAGAGGUCAGCCGCUCGUCUAAAGAGAAUAAACAGGAGAAAACAUGAGGAACAAAAAGAUCACGUCUCUGUCUCUGUUAGAAGGAAACUUAUUAUCUCUGUUCUGUGUCACUCCAUCUUUGGUCCCCUCGGCGUCGCACCGAUGACUCUCACAUGUUUAACCUCAAAUAGAAACAGCCACAAUCUCAGAUUUUCACCUCCUGAUUAUCGUGACUUUGAAUAUAAAGCUACAUGAUCCGUCAAAUUAGAGAUUAACUUUCCAUGUCUUCUAUCACUUUUAUAAAAGUCACAUUUAUGAUUUAAACACACCAUCAGCUCCGACAUUGACGGGUAAAACGACCGUCUGUCAUGAUUUAGAUUUUUUCGUUGUUUAGCCUUUGGGUUGUUUUAUUUCCUGCUUUGUUAAAAGACAAAAAAGCUUUUAUUUUGAAGUAGAAGACACUUCCGGUAGAUCGUAACAUACGGAUCUGAACGUAAACAGAAGACAGAGUAUAAAUGAUCAAAUAUCAGUAACUCUGAAGACACAUAAGCUCUAAGGUUGUUUUUAGAUCCAUAAUAAAUCAUAAAAUUAGUCACUUAAGUUUCAGUUUUAAAAGCGGUUCUGUGAAUUUAACAUUUUAGCAAAAAACUAACAGGAUGUUUCUUUAAAAGAUGGUUCUAACGUUACACUGUGACAGGUCCGGUUAGAUAAAAUGAUCCUCCUUAUAAAAGUAAAUAUUUUCACGAUUAAAUAAAGUUAUAUUUCGAUGUCAGUUCAGCUUAUUUUGAUGAAAAAGAGGAUUGAAACGUUCAGGCUGUGAAGGAAAAACCUGAAACUGUUCGUUAAUAUGUUUUAGAUGGAAAUGAGAUUUAUGUGAAUGUUUCUGUGUGUGUCUGUGUGUGUGUUUCUGUGUGUGUGUGUGUCUGUGUGUGUGUGUGUGUGUGUGUGUGUGUGUGUGUGUGUGUGUGUGUCUGUGUGUGUCUGUGUGUGUCUGUGUGUUUCUGUGUGUGUGUGUCUGUGUGUGUCUGUGUGUGUCUGUGUGUGUGUGUGUGUGUGUGUCUGUGUGUGUGUGUGUGUGUGUGUGUGUGUGUUGUGUGUGUGUGUGUGUGUGUGUGUCUGUGUGUUUCUGUGUGUGUGUGUCUGUGUCUGUGUGUGUCUGUGUGUGUCUGUGUGUGUGUUUCUGUGUGUGUGUGUCUGUGUGUGUCUGUGUGUGUGUGUCUGUGUGUGUCUGUGUGUGUGUGUGUGUGUGUGUGUGUGUGUGUGUGUGUGUCUGUGUGUGUGUUUCUGUGUGUGUGUGUCUGUGUGUGUGUGUGUCUGUGUGUGUCUGUGUGUGUGUGUGUGUGUGUGUGUGUGUGUGUGUGUGUGUGUCUGUGUGUGUGUGUUUCUGUGUGUGUCUGUGUGUUUCUGUGUGUGUGUGUCUGUGUGUGUCUGUGUGUCUGUUUGUGUCUGUGUGUUUCCAGUAUGCCGCUCAGUCUGAGGACCCUCCUCACAUCGUCGCCCACUUCCACGAGUGGCUGGCCGGCCUGGGUCUGGUUUUAUGCAGACACAGACAACUUCCUGUUGCAACCAUCUUCACCACUCACGCCACUCUGCUGGGACGGUACCUGUGUGCCGGAAACGUGGACUUCUAUAACAAACUGGCAGACGUACGUGUGUUUACCUGUGUGUAAUUAAAGUUAAAUAAACUUCAUCUGAAUUCUCCUCGUUUAUUUAGUAUUUUACAGUUUUAAAAACCGACCAAUCAGAGCUUCUCUUUCUUCUCUUCCUGUUUGAUUCAGUUUAACGUGGACAAAGAAGCAGGAGACAGACAGAUCUACCAUCGGUACUGUUUGGAGAGAGCGGCCGCUCACUGCGCUCACGUCUUCACCACCGUGUCUCAGAUCACAGCCAUCGAGGCGGAGCACCUGCUCAAGAGGAAACCAGGUGUGUGGAGGUGAAUUCAUGUGUGAAAUACUUCCUCCUGGUGACCUCUCUCCUCUCUGAUUGGCUGAGAGCCUGGCAAACAAGUCUGUCUGUACGAGGAUGUGUUUAUAGACGGUGACUCUGGCUGAGCGCCGAUCUCCCUGAAUCUCUCAUCUCUCUUCUGCAGACAUCAUCACUCCUAACGGGCUCAACGUGAAGAAGUUUUCAGCCGUCCACGAGUUUCAGAACCUCCACGCUCAGAGCAAGAACCGGAUACAGGAGUUUGUCCGAGGACAUUUUUACGGGUCAGUCAGAGACACGUCACGGCUGAGGAGAACUUGUUAUUAUUCUGAGAAAAGAGAAAGUGGGUUCAGCCUUCAGCUCUGUGUUUGGUGUCACUUUCAGCCAUCUUGAUUUUAACCUGGACAAGUGUCUGUUCCUCUUCAUCGCCGGACGGUACGAGUUCUCCAACAAAGGAGCCGACCUCUUCCUGGAAGCGUUGGCCAGACUCAACUAUCUGCUCAGAGUAAGACUGUGUUUUUAUGUGUUUUUAUGUGUGUUUUUAACAACAACUCCUGCAUGUUUUUACGUCUCAUGUUUACCGUGUUUAACCUGCUGCAGGUCAAUCACAGCGAUGUGACCGUCAUCGCCUUCUUCAUCAUGCCGGCUCGGACGAACAACUUCAACGUGGAAACUCUGAAGGGACAGGCGGUCAGGAAACAGCUCUGGUGAGGUUUCUGUGCAGGAUUUAGGGACACUUCAUGGAACAGAAAAUAACAUUAAUAUUAUCUAUAAAUUCAUGCAUAAUCAUUCACACGCAGAGAUUAUUCUGUUUUUGUAAACUUGGAGUUCCUCUGCCUGAAAACUCUGCAAAUCAGGUCAGAGACAUGUGGAAAGUAACUGCACUGCAUCACCAGUCCAGUAGGUGGCAGUAAUAAGACGAUACAACAAAGAAGGUGCCAUAUAAGGUGAUGGACAGAGUGGUGUGACACCAGAGUUAACCUGUUAGUGUAGAGGAGUUAUUUUUUUUAAAUCUUGUUUUAUUUCUUAUUUUUUUAACUAUAAUGCAUUAAACAACAGAUUUAUUUACUGACUCACCUCUGGAAACACGAGGGACAAAGAAACAGAGAUUUCAGCUGGAAGUUCUUUCCACAUUUCUGCAGACUGUACCUUUAAACUUCAGCACUGACUUUGUCCUCUCAGGAGAAAAGAUCAUUUUUGUCUCACUCUCAGUUUUAACGUCCCUCCUCUCGUCUCUGACAGGGACACGGCUCAGACUGUGAAGGAACGCUUCGGGAAGAAACUCUACGAGUCUCUUUUAGUGUAAGUCAUGAAACCUGUGAGAGGUUGAACACGCUGAUAUUAGAAAUUAAGGUCCUCCUCUCCCUCUCUUAAGCCCCGCCCACAAACAGACGCUCCUGCUCGCUCGUAUCGUUCCAAUUAAAUUCAGAUAUAAUGCAGAUAAAUCCUUCAGAUCAUUACAAAUGGGGCCCAGUCAAGGUGAAAGUCAAAAGCAUUGGUGCUACUGUAGAUGCCAACAGACUACCAGCAAACACAAUGUUUGCAGGACUUCUACAACGAGGAUAAAGUGACAUAGUCCAGGACCCGAGGGAGGACAGUUUAGCGAUGGCGCUACAACACGCUACAGCAGGUCCGUUUGACAAGAAACACUUCUGUUACAGACACUUGUCUUACUUUGUUAAAGCGGUUUACCUGUCCAGCAGAAAGGUUACAGGGUCACCAAGAUCCCCAAGCGUCCCCCAUGGUUUAUGUUGACCCGGCUUUUUAGCUCUUGUCCGGUCUACCUCCGUUUUAAGCGCCCGUUAUUCCUCCAGAGUCUCCGGUAUUUACUUUGUUUUCUUGCUUGUGUCGGCAGUCGUGGCCAAAGGAGGAUUCAGACAAUUUUCCGAACUUUCUGGUUGGUUUCUACUGUCCGAUAUGGUAGCACGCUAACUUUGUUUGGGCUCCUGAACGACACGGGGGAGCAGCAUUUUCUUGUUGACUGUUUUCUUGUUGCCUGGUUUGGUGUUGACUGUUUUCUUGCUGACUGAAUAUGGUUGACUGUUUGCUUGUUGACUGUUUUUUUGCUGACUGUUUUCUUGUUGACUGUUUUUGGUUGACUGAUUUUUGCUGACUCUUUUCUUGUUGGCUGAAUAUGGUUGACUGUUUUCUUGCUGACUGUUUUGGUGUUGACCGUUUUCCUGUUGACCGGUUUGGUGUUGACUGUUUUGGUGUUGUCUGUUUUCUUGCUGACUGUUUAUGUUUGAGUGUUUUCUUGCUUGUGUCGGCAGUCGUGGCCAAAGGAGGAUUCAGACAAUUUUCCGAACUUUCUGGUUGGUUUCUACUGUCCGAUAUUGUAGCACGCUAACUUUGUUUGGGCUCCUGAACGACACGGGGGAGCAGCGUCUGCCUCACAACCAAUCAGGUUAGAGGAGGUGGAGAACGGCUUUGUUUACAGUCAGAAAGAGCGGACCGCUCAAAAAUGUUCAAAUGUUGACAACACAGACAGAAGAGAACACAUUAGUUAUUGAUGACAUUUGGUAAUAUAUCUAUAUCUCUAACUAUUGACUGAUAUUAGAAGAUUUUUGUAAAUACACCAAAAUAAAAAGAUGCUUCUUUAACAGAUUCCUUCCUACCCCACCUUUAAAGUCCAAAUGUUUCCUAUCAGACCUAAACUUACUGUCUUAUUCAGGAGAAGAUGUCGACCCUCCUCCCUCGUCUCUUUUCUAAAACGUAGAAAUAUUCGAUCAUGUUGAAAUUCCCUCCAUCAUCCGAUCACUGAGGCCUCAGCUGAUCUCUCUCCUCGUUUUCUCUCUUAUUAGCGGCCAGCUGCCUGAUGUCUCAAAGAUUAUGGACAAAGAGGACUUCACCCUGAUGAAGCGCGCCAUCUUUGCGACCCAGAGACAGUGUCAGCCUCCGAUCUGCACCCACAACAUGCUGGAGGACAGCAGUGACCCCAUCCUGAACUGUGUCCGCCGGAUCGGCCUCUUCAACAGCUCAGCCGACCGAGUCAAGGCAUGUCGUCUUUAAAUCGACGAUUAUUCUUCCUCUUCCCUUCUCGGUUUGAUGGUUGUCGUCUUAAACUGAACUCAUAUAUGAACACAGAUCCACCUCCAGCCCUCACACUGACGUUCUCCCUCCUCUCUUCUCCUGUAGAUCAUCUUCCAUCCAGAGUUUCUCUCCUCCACCUCUCCUCUUCUCCCCAUGGAUUAUGAGGAGUUUGUUCGAGGCUGCCACCUCGGUGUCUUCCCCUCGUACUACGAGCCGUGGGGCUACACUCCAGGUGAGACUGGCUCAGGUUUACCUGCUGUGAGGGUUUAUUUAAGGUGAGUUAUUGAUCAGGCCUUUUUGUUUCUGUCACCUGCAGCUGAAUGUACAGUCAUGGGAAUCCCCUCCAUCUCCACCAACCUGUCGGGUUUCGGCUGUUUCAUGGAGCAGCACAUAGCAGACCCCUCUGCGUACGGUGAGUCUACGUCUGAAGGUGUUUGAUGGUUUUUUUACUUUAGUCGGUUCCUGUUCAUUUGAAGCUCCACCUCCACGGACCAAAUCACCAUAUUUCCCAUAUAAAAUGACAGAGAUGAAUUUUUUUAAAUAAAUAAAUAAAUCUCGACCAUGUCAUUGACAAAAAGGAAAAUCAAUUUUGAUGCAUUUAAAUUCUUUUUGUAGUUCUAAUUUCCGUAUUUUAGCUCCAUCCAGCCGACUUUGUCCCCUAAACGGACAUGCAGGAAAGUCUUCAUAAAAUAUUUUUUUUUACUUUUUUGACUCAAAUCUCUUAAACAACUUCAGCCCUGACCAUUGAUGUUUUACCCUUUUUAUUCCAGUUUUUGUUCAACAUGUCAUAUUUAUUGAUAAAGUCUGUUGGAGCAAAAACACGACAUUUUCACCUCCUUUUCUCGAACCUCGUCCUCGACCAAAUCAAAUACGAUCGAAUUCAUGUGUUCAUAAUAAAUUAAUUUUAUAUAUAAUCAUAUAAAAUCAGCAGAUCUCUGUAAGAUAGGAAUCAUUUAUGAGUGUUUAUCCUCCUCUAACUAAAAUCUGACCCUGAUUACGCUGAUAUAAAAAUAACUGCAGAUUUGAGGUGUGAUUUCUUCUCCCCUGAUGAUCUGAAGGACCUGUUCAUCCUCAUGCAUGUCCAUCCACCUGCUCUGAAACCGGCUUUCUUUACAGCUCCUCUCUGCUGUUUUUUCUGGCAGGUAUUUACAUCCUGGACCGGCGGUUCCGGGGGGUCGACGAGUCGUGUAACCAGCUCACUUCCUUCCUGUUCCAGUUUUGCAAACAGAGCCGACGUCAGCGGAUCAUCCAGAGGAACCGGACUGAGCGUCUGAGCGAUCUGUUGGACUGGCGGUACCUGGGCAGGGUGAGACGCCUUCUCUGGAACCACUUUUCCCGACAUGUGCCGACUCUAACGGUCCUCUCACACCAGGACCGUUUUUUUCGUGCGAUUAUUUCGGACGUCAAUAUUUUUUUUCGAACCCGUAUCCUGUCAGUACAAGCGUUCACAUCAGCGACGUUUUCCCGUCCUGUGAUAUUGCGGCAUUUAUUUUUUGGAUCACAAUCGAUUUUUCUAAAGUUUCUCAUACUGUGUGUCCACUUCUGACCAAUCAGAUUUCGUGUUGUUGCGACAUCAGAUUCACCGGUAUAUCUGAAUAUUUCGUAAUUUGACGUCGUAUAUCGGCGUCGGCGUCGGAGUAUGACGACCUUUAGAUGACGCUAAAAUCUUUCUUCUUCCUGUUCUCCCAGUAUUAUAUCUCAGCCCGUCACAUGGCGCUGGCCAAAGCCUUCCCUGACGCCUUCCUGUACGAGGUCAAUGAGCCCACCUCGGUGAGUAAUCGAUUUCUGUCGUCAUGGAAACCGAACCUUCACAUCUAACCUGCUCUGACUGAAACUCUGACCGCUUUUGUUUGCUCCUGCUCCUCCUCAGACGUCAGGUUUCCGUUACCCCCGGCCGGCCUCCGUACCGCCGUCUCCCGCUCUGUCACGCCACUCCUCCCCACGCCACAGCGAGGCCGAGGACAACGACGAAGACGAGCGCUACGAUGAAGACCUGGAGGCGGAGAAGGACCGGGUGAACAUCCGCCAGCCUUACGUGGUCCUGCCGUUCAAAAACAAGUCCUCGGCCGCUUCUGCGUCCAACGGAACCAGCGACGAAAGCGAGAAAAAUUGA